AUGCUCGAUUCAAGGUGCCCUCUUUUGUAUCUCACAGUGCGAGAUCCUUACCCUGGGUGGUCAGGAGGACGAGGCCUCGUGGAGGAAACUCGACAGAGCUCCACCCAUCCACAUAAUAGGUGGGAACAACGACAACUCUGUUUACAUUCAUGGCGCUCGCCAUUGGUGGCAUCCAGCGGAUGCUUCUUGGUUCGUUUCUGUUUUGAAGAUGAGGAAUUCCAACUGAUUGAACUGCCACCAGGGUUUCCAGAACUAGGGGGUUCAUUACAUGAAUUUAGAGGCGUUGUGGCUCUAGUAACCGGGGUAAUGGAUUGGAAAUUACACAUGUGGGUACUUUGUCGUAAGUGUGACGAUGAAGAAAAAUGGUCUGAAGAAUGGUCUGAGCGCACCCUCCGCAUCCCAUAUGCUUUUGCGGACCGUGGAUGUUGCUUGCUUGGGAACCUCCCAACAGGUUUGAUGUUAAUGACUGGUACUUCUAUAGAACAAGAAGACGAACAACAACAAGAACAAUUGGAGGAAGAAGUGGUGUACAACAUGCCCUUUGCCAGAAGCAACACUGGAAGGAAACGCAUAAAACAUUGUGCGGGCUUUACAAGGGGAUGAUGGAAAGAGAAGAAGAGUUGUAAGUGAAGAUCUUCAUCUUCCCUUAUUCAGCCGACCUGCUUCGUAAGUGGCUUGAAUCGUUAGGUAUCCUUCAAAAGGGAAUGUGGCGCCGGAAGUGCAGUUGUUUUUCCCAUUGCCCUUUUGGUCUGCUUCCUGCUAAAGGUGGACUUUGGGAUUCUUGGGGUGGGUUUGAUGAUGAUGAGUAUCCAGCUGAUUCACCUUUAACAGUUGGGCUUUUAAGUCCCAUCCUUCUCUGUGGGUGGUUGGAGUACUAUAUUCUUCGCUCACUUCCAGUGUCAAGUCCCGUUUCUAACAUUUUCUCCCACUCAUUGACACUUUAUUACAUACUAACCUCACUGAGUAUCAGUACAAACUACAAAGAACCGCUUACUCAAUGGCAAAGAGGUGGUUCUUCACUAUCUUGGGACAGUAGGGGAAUUGGUUAUGUACUUAAGGGCACAGGCAAUAUACAGAUAGUAAUGGUGGGGCCUGGAGUUCCGAUGAAUUUGUCUGGGACAACUUCGGGGAUAAGUAGCCGAGUGAGGGUGUAUCUUGUGAGGGGCCUUUAUCAGGAGGAAGCAACUUACCGUUCUUCUCCCCAUGUAGUUGUCGGACUAAAUUGUAGAUUGGAGAACUAUGAGAGUUGGGUUGGUGGCUUGCACCUGAUCAAGGCCAUGGGUGUUUCGGCAUUUUUCACUGAUCCGUCGGAAAUUUCUUGUCGUAAUGCUGAACAAGUGCCUCAGAGUGCUGGACUGCAUGUUACUCAACUUUUGACACCAAACCCUUUUCGAUCACCGUCGAGGAAUCAUGGAACUUGUAACAAUCUUCCGUCAUAUAGCAAUGGAUUUUUGUUUGGAGUGAAUACAUGAUCUCGAAACCUAGAGGGAUUGAAUCAAAGUCUCUUCAACUGAGUUCAACCCUGCUUUGCCGUAAUGUAUUGAAACCUUGCUUU